AUGACCAAAAUAAACGAAGAUUUGCAAAGAGAACGUGCUAAUUGCACUUUUAAUAUCCAGGAGUUGACAAACUUUAUUGACGGAGGCCCUGAUAAGACUAAGGAGAGAAAGGAGAGCGAAAAGCUCCUUGCAAGCUAUGAUGAUUUAGACAAAGACGUGUCAGAGGACUACCUGAGCCAUAAAGAGAAAUAUGAAGUAUCCGUGAGAAAGUCUGUCAAAAUAUUCUCUCUCAUACGUCGUAUGCAAGAAGAGGGAAAAUAUAAUUUAGGGAAUUACAGGGAUAUUGUAGCGAAUCUUUUUCGAAUGUCUACCAUCCGGGACGGUUCCCCUCUAGCUCUACACUACGUUAUGUUCAUGCCGGCGAUUAUGAACCAGGGGGAUGAGGAUCAGCAGGCGCAGUGGCUAGCCAGGGCUUGGAAAUGCAGUAUUAUUGGAAGCUAUGCACAGACGGAGUUAGGUCAUGGAACGUUUAUUCGUGGCAUGGAGACGACGGCUACUUAUGAUCCAAGUACUCAAGAGUUUGUUUUAAACAGCCCUAAUUUCACUUCCUACAAAUGGUGGCCCGGCGGAAUUGGUCAAUCAGCAAACUAUUCAAUUGUUGUAGCACAAUUGUAUACAAAAGGAAAAUGUCAUGGCGUACACUCUUUUAUAGUUCAAGUACGAGAUGAAGAAACACACGCGCCUUUAUCUGGAAUAAAAGUUGGAGAUAUUGGAGCCAAGAUGGCCCUUAACCCGGUUAACAAUGGUUUUAUAGGUUUUGAUAAUGUGAGGAUACCGAGGAGGCAAAUGUUGAUGAAGCAUGCUCAAGUUUUAGAAGAUGGCACGUACGUCAAAUCUCUCAACAACAAACUUAACUAUGGCGCCAUGGUAUUUGUGAGGGUGGUCAUAGUGUUUGACAUGGUGAACUAUUUAUGUAAAGCCGUUACAAUCGCCGUCCGUUAUUCCGCUGUAAGGAGACAAUCACAGAGGAACCCGGAUGAACCAGAAAGUCAGAUCCUUGAUUAUUUGACUCAACAGCACAAGUUGUUUGUGGCAAUAUCGACUUGUCACGCUAUACGACUUACAGCGAUUAAGCUGUGGGAUAUUUUUAACGUAAUAAAUGAAGAACUUAUCAACGGCAACUUUGAAAGGCUACCUGAGCUUCACGCUCUAGCGUGUUGUUUGAAAGCGCUAGUAACAUCCGACACGGCGGCGUGCGUUGAGCGCUGCCGGCUGGCGUGCGGCGGACACGGGUACAUGCUGUCCUCGAACUUGCCCACUAUAUACGGGCAGGUCACUGCUGCUUGCAUAUAUGAGGGAGAGAACACUGUGUUAUUAUUGCAGACAGCUAGGUUUUUAGCAAAAACUUGGCAACAGGUGGAUAGUGGGAAAUUAACACCGACAGUUGAAUAUUUAAGCAGAGUCAGAAAGGAAGUCUAUCAAAAAUGGGAGAACUCCGUCGAGUGUAUAAUUCGUGGUUUCCAAAUUGUUUCGAUGAGAAAAAUUGCUUCAUGUGUGGAUAACAUGCAGAAGAGAGUUGCUACAGGGAUGUCCUUCGAAGACGCGUGGAAUAUUACCUCAGUGCAAUUAACUAAUGCGGCGGAGGCUCAUUGUAGGGUGAUCAUGUUAUCGACAUUUAAUGAAGAGAUCAACAAAUACUCACUAACUGUAUCUCCGGAACUGCGCGUAGUUCUGAAGCAGAUGGUAGAGUUGUACUCUCUGUAUUGGGCUCUAGAAAAACUGAGCGACUUGUUACAGUACACUACAAUAACUUCCCAAGAUGUAGAAGAACUCCGGUCUUGGUAUGAAGAGACUCUUUUGAAGUUACGACCCAACGCUGUUGGUUUGGUUGACGCAUUUGAUUUACGGGAUGAGGUCCUUAUGUCCACCCUGGGUUCGUACGAUGGUCGUGUGUACGAACGGUUAAUGGACGAAACAAAGAAAAACCCUCUUAAUAAGGAAACAGUCAAUUCUACAUUUCACAAAUACCUCAAACCAUUUAUGAGAGGAAAAUUG